UGCAAUUUAAGUGUCAGGACCUCGUGGAUGCAGUUGUGAAGCUCCCAGCUACAGGCGUCGCCAUAUUGUAGAGUUCGUGCAUGAAAUAUAUCAGCGAGAUGGAAAAUAAUUACGGUAUCACGGUAACUAAUCGGUAUAGAUUGUUCUUGGACGACGAUGAGGACCCAUUAGAAGUCCUCAAAGUCCAAGAACAGGCUAAAGAAGCUAAGAAGAAAACUAAGGUAUGCGAAAAGGAGAAGGAAAAUAAGAGCAAGCCGGAAUCAAAAACUAAGCAACCUCCACAAGUUCGAAAAAACGUGAGGGAACCUGUGCAAAGUGUGAAAUCUAUAGAUUCAGGGAAGAUCAAAGAAGAUCAGAAAAGCAAGCCAACUACCCAGCGUGCAUCUCAAGAUAGAGAUCAGAGGAAUGUAAAGUUCAGCGACUCGCGUGACCGAGAAGAACGUAAUAACUGGAAAAAUCAAGAACGAGGUGGUCAGAAUAAUGAUUUCAACAGGGAGCCAAGAGAUCGUGAUACUGCAAGGCCAGAAGGUACAGAAGGAAGAUUUAGAGGACGUGGUGGCCGCGGCGUAUUCCGUGGUGGCCGCGGAGGUCCGCCUAUGCGUGGAAUGCGUGGUGGUCUGGGCUAUGACACUCGUGGAAAACGUGAAUAUGAUCGUCAAUCUGGAUCCGAUAAAACAGGUGUGAAACCUGUUGACAAGAGAGAAGGUGGUGGCGCUCAUAACUGGGGAAAUCACAGGGAUGAAAUACAGGAGCAGCUGAACACCCAAGUUCAAGAUGAUCCUGAAUGGCAAGCUGAAGAAUUUGUGCCAGAGAAUCCAACAAAAGAUGUUCAAGCUUCAGACUCGGAAGGUGAUACACCACAGCCAGUAGAAGAUGAAGGACCUAGGGUACUCACACUUGAUGAAUAUUAUGCCCUCCGUCGUCACCGGCAGAAACCAACUUACAAUAUACGCAAAGCAGGAGAAGGUGAAGAUCCAUCUCAGUGGAAGAAAAUGUACGCUUUAACAAAGAAGAAAGAAGGAGAAGAGGAGGAAGAAGAGGAGGAGGAAUACGAUGCAUCAGAAUACCCGCAGCGUGUUGGACGACAGAAGCACAUCUUGGAUAUAGAUAUUCACUUUGCUGACUCAAGACGUGGCAGUAGAGCUCGCGGUCGUGGUGGUAUGCGAGGUGGCCGUGGCAUGCGAGGUACAGGACCUGUAGGCCCUGCCCGUAAUGGAGGUGUUGGAAGAGCAGGACCAUUGGGUGACCGUAAUCAGAUGAGAGACCGAUUUGACAGGCAAGAGAAUUUCCAGAAUCGUAGUCCUCGGCAGCAGAGUGCUCCAAAGUUUGAUGACGACCAUGACUUCCCAUCUCUUGCAUAAAAUUUACCAGGCUAGUCAACAAUUUGUUGCUGAGUGCAUAUUGUACUAAAAUUAAGAAGUUCAGUUUGUGCAAAAUGAAUUUAUCAAUAAUGCUCUAAAGUUAGAUUUUUCUUGCAAGUUUUUAAUCGGUGUUGAUAUGUUAGCAGUGGAAGAAAGGGGGCAAGGGGUGUGUGUGUGUGUGUGUGUGUGUGUGUGUGUGUGUGUGUGUGUGUGUGUGUGUGUGAGAGUGAGAGAGAGAGAGAGAGAGAGAGAGAGAGAGAUUCUGCUGCCUGUGUUUUGCUGUCUGUUAGGUAAAUUUUUGGUGUGCAGUGUGGAAAAUUAAUACAUACACUUAACAGUGAACGUUAUUAGGCUGACCACUGAUGGUAGUGUGAUUUAAAUUCCUUUUUGUAUCAAAACAGUGUGAAUUUGAGAACAGACAGCUGUUAAUUUUAUAAAACAAAUUUUCUUGUGUGUUGAGGGAGAGGAAGGGAUGAAUGUAGUAACCAUUAACCUUCAUGAUUACAUUGGCUGUCAACGGGGAGUAUGUCUUCUGCAGUUCGAAUAUACAAAUUUAAGACAGCUGUUAAUUUUAUAAAACAAAUUUUCUUGUGUGUUACGGGAGAGGGACAAAUGUACCAGUCAUUAACCUUGAUGUUUACAUUGGCUGUUAACGAGGAGUAUGUCUUCUGCAGUUCGAAUAUACAAAUUGGGGAAGUGUGUGACCCUUGUUACAGUGGAUAAGCUUUAGAAACAAAGAAGAGCAAUAUCAACAACUACAUAUAGUCUUAAUAGUAACAUUUUGUACUCCAGUUAACAAAUGUUGGUGUACUGUUCACAGAGGAGUGGAUUCUACUCUGUAUUCUUCUGUGAGGAUCCUUUCUGACCAGAGGUAUCAUGUUCAGUAUUAAAUUAUAACUGUGUAAUUGA